CGACCACCAUGGCCAAAAAAUCUAAAUCCCGCACCGUCGCCGUCCGCCUCAUCUCCAUGGCCAUGACUGGCUACUUCCGCACAAUGAUCCGCCCCCGGACGCACCGCCCGCUCAGCAUGCUCAAGUAUGAUCCCGUCGUUAAGAAGCAGGUGCUCUUCUUGGAGGCCACCAAGGGUGGGCGCAAUAAAUAGAUGAUUCAUCUGUUGCUCCGUCAUUCCUCUCCUGCUUAAUUAAGCAAUUAGUGGGAGGGGAGGGCGGUUGUGAUCAUCUUUUUUGCGCCUUUUCUCGAUCGAUCGACCUGUUUAUCUAUUUAUCUUCCUAUCGAUAUAUCGCUUGUGCUCGCCUGAUACGCCGUGAAUACGUUACUUCGAUAUUCGAAUACGCUGGUUUAUGGAAUUCGGUGCGCGCCACGUCGUGAGAUGGAUGGGUCAUGGGUGAUGGGGAUGGGUCGGUCAAUAUUGUACAUUAGCGGUGCUGCGGCGUCAGACUGCGGAGGUCUCAUUCUACGACUGUACCGUGAACGUGAUCGCGCUGUAUGUUAUUUGGUUUGCAUUUGGGCGUUUAGAGCAGUACAAUCUGGGUCAAUCAACGUGUUCGUUAUAUCAUGAGAAAAACGCAAUCAUCCAUCUGUUCCGUUGACAUCCAUUCUGAUCUUGUCUGCGAAAUCAGGGGGAAAUAAAUGUCAAUAGAAC